ACUUUCUAUCGGAUUUAGCUCUUUAAAUACUUAUCUCAUUCUUUGCUUCUUCUUAACAGCUACACUUUCUCACUACCUUCACAAAUCAUACACACACACAAAGACAGAGAUAAAACAAUAGUUCAAGAGCUAUGAGCAAACAGAGUUUGAAGAGACUUCAGUUCCGGAGAUGGGGAAAGCGAAUCGGGAGCUCGACGACAGCUUCGGGAGCGGUAGGAAACGCAGAGGAAAGAACGAUUGUGGCGUUUGCGUUCUCGUGUUGUAGUAAACCGAGUGUUCUCGUGAAACAGUUUGUUUGGAGGCUUAAAUCGCGUUUGCGGUGGUCGCGGAAGAGAGAUCAUAAUAAUAACAUUCAGUGUAGUUAUGAUCUCCGGAGUUAUCAUCUGAACUUCGACGACGGUUGGUCACGCCGUCGGUGAUUUUAAAUAAACAUACUUUAUCGUUAUUGUCUAUAUGCAGAGUCAUUUUCUUUUCAUGUUUUGUAUGUAAAUUAAAUUACUCUCAAUCUGAAAAAAUAUAUUUUGAACUUGUUUUGUGUGUUUCUUUCAUACCAAAUUGCAACAUCUUGAAGUUUCUAUU